CUCAGCUAUUGCAGAGCUGGAGAAGGUCCAGUCGAGGAAUAGAGGUUUCGUCCAGCAACCAUCAUCUUUUGCCGACACUCCGCUCUGAACCCAUGUUACGAUUCCACAAUUUCCCUUCUCAGCAUCCAGCCAUCGUGCGAGAAUGAGAGUAGUGUAUUGGAAGUGCCCUCUUCCUCCUGUCUGCUGUUCGGAAUGCCUCCGUCUACUUGGCUCAUCGUGGGGGCCAGUAGAGGCAUCGGUCUCGAAUUUGUGCGUCAAUUGCUGGACGAGGGUCACCAGGUUAUCGCCGCAGUCCGUAAUCCGGAAACUGCGAACCAGAUCUGGCAGUUGUCCGCCAAGGAAUGGUAAAACUGCACGCGACUCACUCCUUCAAAAGUAAACAAAACACCACUCUCAACACUCUCACCACCAUCACCACCACCAUCAUGGCGGACCCAAUUAUUAUCGGUCCACAGCCAGAUACUGAUCUUAUGGUACAAUAUCUCCACGGUUUCACCGAGGAAUUUACAAAGCUUCCAAACGUACCGGCGCUGGCUGAAGGCAAUGCUAUUCAACAGCUCACCACUCAAAUGAACGCUCAAUUCGCUCAAGUCAACGCUCAAUUCGCUCAAGUCAACGCUCAAAUGAACGCUCAAUUCGCUCAAAUCAACGCUCAAUUCGCUCAAGUUAACGCUCAAUUCGCUCAAAGAUUUGAUCAGCUUGAUAACAAAAUUGACACGCUCGCUACUCGAGUCGCCGCAAAUGAUCAUAACGCCUCAGCUCGAGUUCAAAACUCUUAUCUUACGAGAUCCUCCGAUCGACUUACACCACUAAUAAGUCCAUUGACUAAUACCUUGAUCGAAUGGUUUCCUACAAAAUCUGGUGAUAUUCCGAACAUGGAGGACCAGAGGCUUGAUACUGUCCUACAGGAGUUGGGUUUACCUACAAAUGGGGGAAGAGAAGCUAAAGAGAAACGUUUGAGACAGUCCAUCGGUCUUCGACCUAGACCAACUGCUGCAUGA